UGCACUGAUGCUCAUAAUACUUGAUCGAAGCAAGCUGGCAGUCUGUAACCACUCCGCCAUGACUACACAUCGUCUUUUCAUUGCAGCAACCCUGCUGGUUCUGCUGGUAUCGCUAGCCUACGCUUCCGAGGUGCUGACCAAACGGCAACAGUACGACCAGCACAAGCUGAUGUGCGGUAAAAUAGUUCGCUCCACCAAGGAAGACCGGGAACUCUACAGUCAGUCGCAGUAUCCGGAAACGCACGACACGGCUUGCUUCUUGCGGUGCGUAUCCAUACUGAGCGGAUCUUACGACGACGAAACGGGAGUGAAUCUGGACGUAUUGUACGAUGUCUACGGCAAGGGUACAACAGCGGAAGAGUACGCCGAGGAAUCGAAAGCUUGCCUGGCGUUGCGGGACGAAGUCGAGUGCUACUGCAUGAAGGCGUAUAAACCGCUUAUGUGCUUGAGGGAGCAGUUCAAGAAGAGGAAUACGGCCUAGUUAGAAACAUGAUAUACUCUCAAAAUGAUAUCUUAGGAAUACAAAAUAUUACAAACAUAACUGAGAAGCAUAUUAUGUUGUAGUUCAAUUCAAGUAUUCAAUUCAAACAUCAAUAAAUCAGUUCAGUCAGCUUUCUCUA